GGCAACUACCUGAAAUAAAAUUAUUUUUUUGUACAUUUCAUUUCAAGUAUCAAAAACUUUUUUGUUGUUGUAGUUUCAGUUGAUAACUCGUUUUAAACUAACCUUUUAGAAAAUCAGCAGGUCUAACACCGGUUUAGUAGAAUGUGGUCAGUGGGUGGCGGUGUUGAAUUCAUUGAAUAAAAUCUGAAUGAACGUCUGAACAAUGGAUGUGUCCUUAGUGCAUAUUAAUAUUAAAUAUAAUAAAUACCUGUGCAUUAUUUUAGCUUUUGGUGUAGAGAGAUUUACAAAGACAAAACUACUCUUAGAAUUUGCUCCGGUUAAUAUGCCUUCUUAUUGCUUGUGCUACUAAAACAGCAUUAUGUAAGUUCCACCUCCCUUUUCCUCCUUUAUCUUUUUUUUUACGACCUUGAUCAAUAUGACCUUUUGUCUAUUUACGAGUAUUAUUCUCCUUUUCUGUAUUUUAUUUUAACUUAGUUAUCACAAAGUCAUUUUAUGAGCUACAGACACAUAUGAUGACGCAUCAUGUGAAGGGGUAUUUCAGUAUAACAUUGCUCUGAUCUUUCAAAUAUUGACCAGAGAGUCAUAAAGUUACAUCGCACCUGGAUGAUGGGUGGAGUCAGACGUUUAAAAGUGUCUUCUGAGACUUGCAUGCUCAGAGAAGACGGAAUAGUUUGCCAGCUACUACUGAGAAAAGAUUUGAGCUACAAUGCCAGCGCCUGGUGUGUGUUUAAACAUCUUAUCGGAGCGUAAUCUCAGAGAUGGACAGGGAUCUCUCAACAAUCCUGAGAAGCACCUGGAUCAGGACUUUCACCAGCUCAAGCAGUUCUGCCUGAAAGAAAGAAUGAGAUUCGUAGACAACUUGUUCCCGCCAGAGAUGAAAUCGAUCGGUAUGGGAUCCCUGCACCGUGAAGAUCUUAAGAGAGUGGUGUGGAGGAGACCACAUGAACUGGUCCCAAACCCUCUUUACAUGGUUAAAGAAACGUCAAGGUUUGAUAUCAUACAAGGUGUAUUGGGUAACUGCUGGUUUCUGGCAUCUGUUGGAGCUCUUACAUUUCAAAAACAAAUCAUGAAGCAGGUUAUCCAUGAUGAACAAAAUUUCUCUGUGGAUUAUGCAGGAAUAUUUCACUUUAAGUUCUGGAGGUUUGGAUCAUGGGUGGAUGUUGUUAUUGAUGACAAACUACCAACCAUUGACAACCGACUCAUCUUUGUUCACUCCAAACAUCCAAAUGAAUUCUGGCCUGCCUUGCUGGAGAAAGCUUACGCUAAAGUGUGUGGCUCUUAUGCAGAUAUGAAUGUGGGAAGCGUAUCUGAAGCUCUCAUGGACUUCACUGGUGGGCCACACAUGAUCAUUAAACUCAGUGAAGCACCAGAAAAGCUGUGGGAUAUCAUGACACGAGCCAGCCAAUCACAAUCCCUGAUGGGAUGCGGCACUCCUGGAGGGCAAGCAGGUCAACUGCAAAAUAGGGUGUUGCCCAAUGGUCUUGUGGAAAUGCACGCGUACACGGUCACAGGAGUCGCAGAGGUUGUAUUUAAAGGUCGUCUAGUGAAGCUGGUGAGGAUCUUUAACCCUUGGGGUCACGGAGAGUGGAACAGAGACUGGAGCGACAGAUCCCCUUUAUGGGGAUUUGUGCGUCCUGAGGACCAAAAAUACAAUGUUGUACUUGACAAUGGAGAAUUCUGGAUGUCACUGGAGGAUUUCUGCAAGAAUUUUUCAGAUUUGGAUAUAUGUUGUUUGGACGUGAACUUUCUUGCUGGAACUCAUUCUUCAGCCUGGAAAACUGAAGUUCACAGAGGCCAGUGGGUGACUGGAACAACUGCAGGAGGAUGCUCAAAUAACCAAGACAGUUUUUCAAGAAAUCCACAGUUCCGUGUGACUCUUAAGGAGACUGUUGAAGACCCCAGAGAUGAAAGCUGUCCAAAUCUCCUUGUGUCUCUCAUUCAGAAGUCUCACAAGAGAAACAGGCACCUGUCAACCAAUUUCCAUAUUGGCUUUAGCAUUUAUGAGGUGCCAGCUCAUUUAAAGGACCGGAGGGAAAAAUUCCCCGCAUCAUUCUUCAAAACCAAUCCCAUUGGAAAAACCAAAUCCUUCCUCAAUGCUCGGGAAGUCAUGGAGUUUUUCCGAUUCAAAGCAGGUGAAUACCUCAUCGUUCCUUCAACUUUCCAGCCAAACGAAGCUGCAUCCUUCCUUCUGACAGUCUAUUCAAAGACAGAAGCUGUCAUUGAAGACAAUUCUGGAUAUGGCAUAACAAGAACAAAGAUUAUUCCCAGGGAUAAUGAUGAAUCCUUCCAGCUCUUUUCACAUUAUGUUGAUAAGUAUGGAGAAGUGGACGCUGAGGGACUUCAAAGACUUCUGAAUGAGAAUCUGUGUGCAGGACAUUCACAGAAGAGAGCAGGAUUCAGCUUGGAUUUGUGCAAGAGCAUGGUGGCACUGAUGGAUCUCAGUGUUACUGGAAGGCUAUGUGAAUUUGAAUGCCUUCGUUUGUGGAAACGAGCUGUUUUUCACAGGGAUAUUUUCUAUAAGAUGGAUGUUUCGCGCACUGGAAGUCUAUCUCUGAACGAACUCAGAAAUGCUCUUGAAGUCACAGGGUUUAUGUUGAGUGACAGUAUGCUGAAUCUCAUGGCUUUGCGAUACGGAGACUUCAGUGGAGAAAUUACACUAGAAAACUUCAUUGUGCUCGUCCUGCGCAUGGAUUGCAUGGCCAAAACAUUCAAGAGACUCGCUGCUGGAGGGCCGAACAUGAUGCUGGGAGAAAAUGAAUGGAUGCAUCUUACCAUGUACUCAUGACCCAGAUGAAACUGAAAGAAAUGGAUCCAGGACUGACAUCUGAGACCUCACUGAUAACAUACAGCAAUAAAAUACACAAAUCCAACCAUAAACACAACUUUACUUUCAUACUUGAUACACUUUGUGUAAUGACAGCUUGUUAAUUAUAUCUUAUUUGAUUGUGCAUAUGGCUAUUGAUCAGACUUGAUAGAAUUAAUUAUGUGGAGAGACAAAAAAAUACUUGUUGAUCAGAAAACUUUUAUUCAAAUGAAAAUAAUCUUGGUUAGAUAUAGAUAUUUUUAGCUUGAAUACUGUUUGCAAACUUUGUGCCCUGUGCUCUAUGAUUUUUUACAACCAAUAAACCAACAGUUAUCUUA